UGGGAAUCCUAGAGGGGCCCAAAGAGGCAUCAGUCUCUUCCUGGCCCGCCCCCUUCCCUGGGAAAGAGGAGGACUCCGGGAUCAUCUGGGGAGCCCCGCCGCGAACUCGGUGGCCGCACCCAUUACAGCAGUUCCUGUACGUUGGUGAAACAACUUUGGCCUUUGGAGCACAGAAUUGGAGAUGGAAAUGCAAGACUCGGGUAGCCCAGAGACCAUCAAGUCUGGGAGCAGUCAGGAAUUCUGGGAAAGGGCUCUGCAGGAAAUCCUGCACAAGGACACGCUCCCUUCAGAUGUUCAGCGCCAACACUUCAGGCAAUUCCGCUACCAGGAGGUUGAGGGACCCCGACAGGUUUGCAGCCGAUUCCACCAUCUUUGCCGUGAGUGGCUCAAACCAGAGCAACACACAAAACACCAGAUCAUGGACCUUGUGAUCCUAGAGCAGUUUCUGACCAUCCUGCCCCCGGAGAUGGAGAGCUGGGUGAGGGAAUGUGGAGCAGAGACCAGUUCGCAGGCGGUGGCCCUGGCAGAAGGUUUCCUCCUGAGCCAGGCAGAGGCCAAGAAGCAGGACGAGCAGCAGGUCCAGGGGCAGCUAGCAAAACCGUCUACUGCUGAUUCUGAGGCAGAGAAGGCUCUAUCAGAUGCCGGACGGGAGCUGCUUCAUGGGGGAACCUCCCAGGAGGAUCAUGCAGAUGCCGCCUCACUGGGAGCACCACUGGAGGGGUUGACAAGGUUUUGGCUCUCGUGUGUUGAUGGAGAAAGAGAUUCUACACAAGCAGAUCAGGGUGCCGUGUCCUUUGAGGAGGUGGCUGUGCAUUUCAUGGAGGAGGAGUGGGCCCUUCUGGAUGCAGACCAAAGAGCCCUGCACAGAGCAGUCAUGGAGGAGAAUAGGCAGAAUGUGGCCUCUCUGGCAGGUGAUGGUUGGAAAAGCAAGUCUGAAGUAGAAGCAUGCAGAUCACGAGUAGAAAGAGCGAGAUGUAGAAAGGAAGGACAACAGAGAAAAGCAACAAAAGAAAAGCAGGAAAGGAAGAACGAAUCUCCUCCUGUUCAAGAAAUAGAGAAGGUAAAGCAAAAGAGGAAGCCCCUCCCCUGUGAGAAAAGCAUUGGUUAUGAAUCGUGGCUUAAACGUCAUUGGAGAAUGAAGAGAGGGGAGAAGCCUUUUAAGUGCUUGGAUUGUAGAAAGAGCUUCAGUCAGAACUCACAACUCAUUAGACAUCAAAGAAUUCACACUGGGGAGAAACCAUUUAGAUGCUUGGAGUGUGGAAAGAGCUUCAAUCAGGACUCAGUUCUCAGGAGACAUCAAAGAAUCCACACAGGAGAGAAACCAUUUAGAUGCUUGGAGUGUGGAAAGAGUUUCAAUCAGAGUAUAAAUCUUAAGAAACACCAAGGAAUUCACACAGGAGAGAAACCAUUUAGAUGCUUGGAGUGUGGAAAGAGCUUCAACCAGAGCUCACAUCUUAGAGAACAUCAAAAAAUUCACACAGGAGAGAAACCGUUUAGAUGCUUGGAGUGUGGAAAGAGCUUCAAACGGAACUCACAGCUUAGAUUACAUCAAAUAAAUCACACAGGAGAGAAACCGUUUAGAUGCUUGGAAUGUGGAAAGAGCUUCAGUCGUAACUCACAGCUUAGGGAACAUCAAAUAAUUCACACUGGAGAGAAACCAUUUAAAUGCUUGGAGUGUGGAAAGAGCUUCAAUUUGAGUUCCGAUCUUAAGCAGCAUCUAAGAAUUCAUACAGGAGAGAACCCAUUUAGAUGCUUGGAGUGUGGAAAGAGCUUCAGUCGGAGCUCAAAUCUUAAAGAACAUAAAAAAAUUCACACAGGAGAGAAACCAUUUAGAUGCUUGGAGUGUGGAAAGAGCUUCAGUCAGAGCUCUCGACUUAGAGAACAUCAAAAAAAUCACACUGGAGAGAAACCAUAUAAAUGUUUGGAGUGUGGAAAUAGCUUCAGUCGGAGCUCACGUCUUAAGAAACACCAAAGAAUCCACACAGGAGAGAAACCAUUUAGAUGCUUGGAGUGUGGAAAGAGUUUCAAUCAGAGUAUAAAUCUUAAGAAACACCAAGGAAUUCACACAGGAGAGAAACCAUUUAGAUGCUUGGAGUGUGGAAAGAGCUUCAACCAGAGCUCACAUCUUAGAGAACAUCAAAAAAUUCACACAGGAGAGAAACCGUUUAGAUGCUUGGAGUGUGGAAAGAGCUUCAAACGGAACUCACAGCUUAGAUUACAUCAAAUAAAUCACACAGGAGAGAAACCGUUUAGAUGCUUGGAGUGUGGAAAGAGCUUCAGUCGUAACUCACAGCUUAGGAAACAUCAAAUAAUUCACACUGGAGAGAAACCAUUUAAAUGCUUGGAGUGUGGAAAGAGCUUCAAUUUGAGUUCAGAUCUUAAGCAGCAUCUAAGAAUUCAUACAGGAGAGAACCCAUUUAGAUGCUUGGAGUAUGCAAAGAGCUUCAGUCGGAGCUCAAAUCUUAAAGAACAUAAAAAAAUUCACACAGGAGAGAAACCAUUUAGAUGCUUGGAGUGUGGAAAGAGCUUCAGUCAGAGCUCUCGACUUAGAGAACAUCAAAAAAAUCACACUGGAGAGAAACCAUAUAAAUGCUUGGAGUGUGGAAAGAGCUUCAAUUGGAGUUCACAACUUAAGCAGCAUCUAAGAAUUCACACAGGAGAGAAACCAUUUAAAUGCUUUGAGUGUGGAAAUAGCUUCAGUCGGAGCUCAAGUCUUAAGAAACACGAAAGAAUUCACACAGGAUAGAAACUGUUUAGAUGCUUGGAGUGUGGAAAGAGCCUCAUUUGGUGUUCAGCUCUUAGGAGACAUCAAAGAAUUCGCACAGAAGAGAAACCAUUAAUGUCUGAUGUGUGGAAGGCGCUUCAGUCAUAGCUCCAAUCUCUCAAAACAUAUUCAUGGUGUAGAAAGAGCUUCCAUCUCAGUUCUCCUUCCAGAAGAUGAGGUAGAGGAGAGUGGUGCAGAGACUCUCUAGCCACCACUCUCUUCUCCCCCACGUUAGAAAGAACCAGAUUGAGGACAGGAGAUGCUGUGGUUGGAGUGGUGGGCACCUGUCUAAAGCAGACUCCUGUGGAGUGGAGAAAAGGCAUGCUGUGGUGGGCCAGGGCAGGCAUGAGGCGAGAGAGAGGAGGUGGGCACACUGAAGGGGUAUGCCCAUGGCAGUGCCCACUCUUCUGGUCCCUGCCCCUCCCUAGCUGGUUACUUCACACUCAAAGGUCUGCUCCCUAACUGAAGUAUGUUGGUGCCACCAUACAGUCAACACUCUCCUUGCUGCUCAAGUCAGAUUCUGUGAACGAGAAGCCGACUGGAUCCCCCUGGAUGGGAAAUCCAAGGACUGGAUCUCCCUGGUGUGCUGCACAGAGGCAGCUGCUGCCAGCGUAUCCAUCCUUGCAUAGUUCCUCACAUUUCCAGCACCAGGCGGGCCUCUUCUGUUGGAACCAGAGUGCACAGGACCAGCUGGGCAGGCAUGUGUGGAUGUUGGGAAGGCACACGGGGAGACUACACCUCUCAGAAGCCCACACAAUUUCCCAGCCAGCCCCAUGGGCCCCUGUGGUGAGGAACAGCCAGGGAAUGACCCACACUGGGAACAGCUGCACCAGGAGGGUGCUGGAAAUUCAUGGGAAUGGAGGGUCUGAGGCACAAUCCUGAUGGUUGUAUUAAAAUUAGCAACCCUGGGGGAGGCCCAGAAUGUCCACCACAAGGCAUUGGUUAGUCUGAACUAGCAAUGGGAGGCAUCUGUGGUGGUUUUUUAAAUAAGAGAUUUCCAAGAGAAGGUUUGCUAAGGAAAUUUUGUUAAUGCAGUAGAGGGUAUCUUUUUUAUUGUUUAUUUCUGAAUUUUUACGAAAUGCCUCAAUUAGUUUUACAACAUUUACUUUUGCUUAUCUUCGCCAUUUAUUCUGGAAUUGGCAGCAUGUAUUGACAAAGUGUUUUUCUUUUUUCUUUACCUGCCUCGAGGCCUCUCCAACAUCUGCUAAAACCCCUUCCCUUUUGGCCAACUCCUGGCUUCACUUUUUACAUUCCUUCCUCCCAGCCAUUCUGGACUUGUGCUUCUACUUCCUUCCUCAGACUAAUCCUUGUCUUUUUUUUUUUAAGACACUACAUAAACAUGAAUAUUGAAACUGAUACAUAAUGACAUCCAUUAACCAUCCUUCCAGAUAUGUAAAUAAUUAGAUGGAGGAGAAUGACUAAAAUUAUAUUGAUUUGUGAACAGAAUAAAAUCUGACCAUAGCAUGAAAAAAAUUUAGAAUUAGCUCGACCCGCUCGAAGAUGAAUAAUAUGGGUCAAUUUUUAAGAUAUGGCAAUAUGCCACAGACUGAUACCAAGAUGUCAAAGACAUGGUUUUAUGCUUCCAGUAUUGUGAAAUGGAUAAUCUUGCCGCAGUUAACAUGAAAACUAUAAGAUCCUUAGACAAUAAUGCCAAAUUAGCUCCCGAAAAUACAUUUAAUAGAGCCAACUCUGGUCUCAUAUCUAACCUCUGUUGUGUAAUUUUACCCAUUUCUAAAAAUACCUCUGUCCCAAAGCAGAAAAUACUGGGACAAGACCACCAUACAUGGAAGUAUGUCCCCCUAUUUCCACAGCCAUUCCACAAACACACCUCCCCACAUUAAUUUUCCUUCACUGUAUCUUAAAAGGUUUUCAAGUAACCAAGUAGAAAUUUUAGAAAUGGAAAAUUUUCCAUUUCACAUCUUUGAUUUAAGACCUGUGUAUAGUCAGAAUGUGAAAUAGAUACAUAGUAAUCUCAUUCAUGCCAAAUAGCAUCCAAGAUUUGUUUUCAUAUCAAUCCUGCACAUUGCUAUUCAGAUCAUGCUAACCAUCGGAAUUUCCAUCGCCAGCCGUGAGAGAUCAUUCAGCAAGUUGAAACCCAACACCUGAAAACCCAUCUUUUUGCCCAAGCUUUCUCAGCUCCCUAAUACUUUUGAGUUUUAAUCUCUGGUUUAUUGUUAAAUUGUUUUUCAGUUUGUUUAUGUGUUCUUAACUGGUUUUAUGUUAUUGUCAAUCGCCCAGAGACGAAAGUUUGGGGCGGUGUACAAAUUUGAUAAAUAAAUAAAGUUAAAACUAAUACUUUCAUAUUUGAGAGCCGCCAUGGGUCAAAUAGACCAAUUUGCAUCAGUGAAAGUAAGGAAGGUGCAGUUAUAAUUUUCAUGUAGUACCAUAAUUUGUUAAUUUGUUAAUUAAAAGAUUAUUGAGCUUGA